GUCACCCGAGUGUGUGUUUGAAGAGGGAGAAUAAAGGGUCAGCAGAGCAGACCGAUCGUACGUCAGCAGAAACGGAUAAACAAGAGAAGGAGCUGGCCCGCUCAUGUUAUGCAACGUCCAGCGGAAAGUCACACUUGGUGAAAGUCACACAAAACGCUGAACCAAGCAUUUCUCAUCAUCGCCUGCUGGCCCUGUAAGAGUCGGAAAGGAUGUUGAUGAUGAUGAUGAUGAAGAUGAGGAAGGGGUCCAAGUCGCUGGCUGUGGUGGCUCUUUUUCUGGCCUGCGCCACCUGCAUAGUCCCCCCCACCAGUGAACAUUUGAAACAGAUCUCCCAGGAGGGAGAGAAAUACUUGAAUGUACAGAUUGAGAAUGCCAUCAGUGGAGUCAAAGAAAUGAAGAAUAUGAUGCAGAAAUCUUCACAGGAUCACAAAAAGGUUUUGGAUGAGUUGGAGAAAACCAAACAGAAGAAAGAGGAGGCCAUGUUGGCCGCUCAGGAGAUGGAGACCAAGCUCCAGGAGCAGGAGGAGGUCUGUAAUGAGACCAUGAAGGCCCUGUGGGAGGAAUGUAAGCCAUGUCUGAAGAAAACCUGCGUCAAGUACUACUCCCGCACGUGUAGCAGUGGGUCUGGGAUGGUGGGCCGCCAGUUGGAAGACUUGCUGAACCGAACGUCUCCCUUCUCGAUUUGGAUCAACGGGGAGAGGAUGGACACGCUGGAGCAGGAAGGCCAACGUCAGAACAAAGAGUUCAGGGAGUUGCAAGACAAAUACUCGGAGAUGGCCGACGGAGUGGACGGCAUUUUUUCGGACAGUAUGAAGGUGGCUGAUCACGUGCAGUACAACCCGCCGCUCUUCGCCCUACCCAAUUUCUUCCCAUCUCGCUGGCGUCGAAGCAUCCACUCGCUCUUCCACCAGCCCUUCCCCAGCUUCCAGGGUUUGUUCUCCAACAUGAUGGGCAUCGGCAGGAGGAACCCCUUCGGCUCCUUUGGUUCCAUGAUGGACUUUGACACGGACGCCCCGACUAACGAGGACGGCAGCGUGAACGAGGACGUGGUCAUCACCAAACCUUACGGAGACGGCAGCAUAACCUGCAGGGAGAUUCGCCGCAACUCGGCCGGCUGCCUCAAAUUCCGCGACGAGUGUCAGAAGUGCAAAGAGAUUGAACACGUCGAUUGUUCCGGGAAGAAACCUCUGGAAGGUCCCCUGAAGGAAGAAUUGGAGAGAGCUCUGGCCAUCGCCGAGCGCUUCACUCGGCACUACAACGCUCUCCUGAAGCGCUUCGAGGAGCACAUGUUCAACACGUCCGCCGUCAUGGACCUGCUCAACAGGCAGUUUGGAUGGGUGUCGUCUCUGGCGAACCACACCGACUCCAAGGAUGACUUCUUCAAAGUCGAGACGGUGGUCACCGGGGAUCCAGUGGAGAGAUCCGGUGAGGACGCCGAGCAGCCCGACACCAAGGUGUCCGUCAAACUCUUCAAAUCGCCACCCAUGGACUUGAACGUCCCGGGCGACAUCCCCUGGAACGACCCCAAGUUCCCAGAGGUGGUGGCCCAGGAGGCGUUGGACCGCUACAAGGAUAUCACUGUCGUUGCCAAAUAGAGGAUUUGUGCACAUCCCGCUUGAUCCACCCCUGCAGCGACUCACUGAAUUCCGCCGCAACACCUCCCAAGUCCUGCUUCUGAAAAGCGACCGUUUAACCCUCAUCAGGUGUAUUGACAUCUCCUUGUCCUGCUGGAAGAGAAUAUAGUUAGUAGAUGACAGUUGUCCGGAAAGGCCCUUUCUGUGUUCGCGCUGACAGCAACCAUAAACCUGCCCUGACUUGAUUUCAAGAGUUGAUCUUGUGGUUUGUUCUCAACGCCUGCAGAUGAAACGGACUCUUUAGCGCGUACGAAAAUAAAGACUGGUGUCACAGAUUUCAAAGCAAUUAUUAA